UUGUUUACGUUACAAAGUGAAGCGAUUGAACGGUCGUUGAGUUUUAAUUUUAGUAUAUCGCAAAUGCUAACAAGUAGAUUUUAAAAUAAUAUUUACUUUAUUAUACUACUAUUCUGUCUAAGAAUUUAUGGAAGAUUAAAAAUAUGAUAGAUAAUCCGAUUACAAGCACUCCAGCGUUAGCUAGAAAAAGUAUUGGCGGGAGCAACAAUAAUUCAAUACGAAGACGAAGUCUCGUUACUCAAACUCGUAUAACUAAGUCGAGAGAUGAAGAUCGUAAUGAUGAUGAUGCAGAGAGAUCAUCUCUAUUGGCGUCGGAGAGAGCAGUGGCCACAUCAACACCACAAGCAUCUCCACGAAGAGGCCGAGACACAAUGUCCUCAUCACCGCAAAAGGAACACUUUCAGGGUUGUCUCAAGCUUUAUGCAGAAAAUAAAAUAAACAAAGACAAUGCAUGGAAUCUACAACUGAUAGAUUUCAUGACAUCAAUGCUCAGAAGACAUGACUCCCGUAUGGACAAUCUGCAGACUGCAUCAACGGUGGUUGAUGCAUCUGCUAGGAUAUACUCGUUCAGAGUGGAUGCUGUGCAUUAUGAUGUGCUUAAGAUGGCCGGUGGUUUGAGUAAAGCUGCUCAGACUAAAAGAGGCAAGAAAGAUGACGAUGGUGCGAGUCAAGAAGAAGGUGCAGUAGAUGGAGAAGCAGCUCCAGUGAAGAAAAAGAAGAAGCGGUCAAAAGGUGCCAUUGCUGCCAAUCCAGAAGUUUUCAAUGGGGAUUUUGACACCAUUGAUUGCAUUGAUCCAUUCUUUGAGAGGUUGGCAGCCACUACUGGAGAUGUGACGUCAUCGAAUCGAGCGUUUAACGCCACUUUACCGAUACAUGACAAGACACUGGCUCUGAUAUUGAGAACGGACCACCAGUUUCUAGAGCCAAUAAAGGAGAAUGUGCCCGAGGAGUUGGAUUUGAGCGAACGCAUCACACUAGCUGUAAAACUGCUUCCAGCAUUCAAUGAUACUGAUCAAAUAUGUGAACCGUUCACAGGAUUCUCUAUCAGCAACUGGGAUCCGGAAACAGAAGAUGUAACUGCUCGAGUGAACAACUGGGUGGAAGAGAAUCGAUUGAAUUUGUCGCAACAAGCACUCGCUUUCGACGUCAACGCUGAAGUGGAACCAAUACCUCAAGAUGACGCACAUAACGACUUGUUUGAGGAGGAGCCACUGGGCGGCAUCGAUAGUGAGGAGGAAGCGGACGCGGCGCGAGCGGCGCUGGCGGCGGCGCCGACACGGCUGGCGCACCUGGCCGACAUGCGGCCACUCGCGCCCGCCGACUCGCGCCUCGAGUAUUCCUACUGCGGCUCUAUAGUCGCCGCCUGGGCCGGGCCCAGCCACUGGCGGCUCAAGAACAACAGAGCAUCAAAACAAUCUGAACGCACGCAGUCAACUGGAGGUCGUUUAACCGUCGAGGGAAAGAAGCCAGCUCGCACGAAACGACAACUAGACUUUUUGGGAGCAGGUCUGGCGUUCGACUCUCGAGCAGAACCCACUGGCGAGUAUGAACCGACGCAACCGGCGAAAAUCAUAAUCAGCAGGAAGACCCUGGCCACUGGGCAUACUUGGAAUGAAGCUAACUUCAAAACUCCUAUUGAUAGAGGUCUGGACGAGUCUCACUUCCGGAAACUGUUCCUUCGCCGCAACGUAAUGAUGAUGCGAAAGCGCGACCUCGAGCAGAGCCAGCCUACGAAACAGCCCGAACAGGAGCCUCUCACAGUGGAGGAAGCUAGGGAUUACGACUACAAUAAUGAAAACGACGCAUCAUAUUGCCCUAAUAAUAUACCGGACGGGGAUGAAUGGGGCAACGAGGAUGCAACCGCCGCAGGCGAUCUACAUGAUCAGAUAAAAGCCGCGGAACCUGAAGAAAUUGGAGACAUGCUUGAACCGCCUACUAAGAUAGCGAAAAUUUUUAUACCUUAUGCAAUGCGAGCGAAAAAAGUAGAUAUGAAACAAUUAAAACAUUGCACUUGGAAAAUGCUAACUGAAAAAACUCCAGAUGGAGAAAAAGAGGAGGUGUCACAGACGACGUUCUUUUCGAUUUAUUCCAGAUUGCCAAAUAAAUUAUCGACUAAUAUGCGUGAAUCGCUCAGUGUGCCACUGGCUCUCUUAUCUGUGCUACAUUUAGCCAACGAGAAAGGUUUGAUUUUGGAAAAAAGAGAAGACCUGAAGGACAUUGGCAUUUUAGGUCUUAUAAAAUGAUUUCUUUUUGGAAAUUAUAUUCGAAUUAUUUUUAUACAUGUAGUAAGUUUGUACUAAAAUGUGUAUGCUAGAUCUUCAAUAUAAUUAUAUGUACAGAUGUUCUUAUAAGUAUAUAUUAAUUUUUUUUAAUGCUAUUUUAAUAAAUAAUAAAUUUUGUAUAA